ACAUUCAUUUGACAGCGGCCCAGGCGUUCGGAUCGGCGUGGAGACUCCAAUUAAUCGCAACCAUGAGGAUUACACAACUUUUAUGCAUCUCGUGCAUGGUUAUCACAUCGAUCGACGCUGUGGAAUAUCUAAUUCGCUUCGAGACGAAAAAGGCCAAGUGCUUGAAUCCACCCAGAACGGCCAGGAAAGUCGAGUCGGUCAUAAGGGAGUGCCAGGAUGAGGUCCGCAACAAGUUGGUUAAUGAGGCCUAUGAGAUACUCAAGGAGCAGGUGUCACAAAAUCAGCCACCCAUCGAUCCGAACGAUGACUCCAUCGACUUCAUUUGGCCUUCUGUGCCCGAGGCACCUUCCCUUGAUCAUUCCCCCAACAUCAGCCAGUACGAGUACAUAGUCUACGAUGAACCCGAACCACAGCGCCACGUGGCCAGAUUGAUGAGGAAUAUCCGACGUUUGGAUGUGGCCAGUUCGGGUAUAUAUCAUCCCACUCUGGUGCCUCUGGAAGACAAACGCAUUGCGGGGUGCCUGCUGCACUGCGUCUAUGCCAAAAACAACGCCAUCGAUCAGAGAGGCUGGCCCACCUUGGACGGACUGGUCCACUUCUACUCCGAAGGAGUGCACGAGCACGGAUUCUUUAUGGCCACCUUGCGGUCCGUAAACCUCUGCCUCCGGACAAUGACCGCACGGUACGGUGUUAAUCGCAAGGAGCUGCCCAAGAAAGGUGAAAGCUGCGAUCUGGCGUUCGAUGUCUGUUCACACAUGAACACGAAUAUAUUUAAAGACUUACAAUUUUGGGCUCCGUUCAUAUCUUAUGUAAAUGAAUCGAGAGCGAUAAAUUAUAUUUAG